GAUUUUGAUACAAAUCAAACCUCGACAUCAAUCAUCAGAAUACCCCAAAAUGCUCUCCAAAUUCCGAAUCCUCCAAAACCUCACUCGCCGCACUGCCAAUGCCUCGCAUUUCUUCACCAACCAUCUCUGCACGGUGGUUAACUCACCUGAAUCACCUGAAAUCCCAUUAUGGGUCAUGUUCUCCGACAAACAAACCCCUUCCAAAACAGAAGACGAAGAUUUCGUUAUCCCUUCUCUCGCUCAUUGGGUUGAUUCCAACAUGCUUCAAACCAAACCCAAACUUUUUGUCAAGCCAACAUUGGAGGAAAGCUUGCACCUUGAAGAUGUUGAAGCAAUCAGUAAUGUUCUAAAGGAACGCCACUCUUCCCUUCAGUUAGUUGCUCAAGCACUUGAUUCUCGUGGUUUUAAGGUAUCUACCAGUUUGGUUAUGCAGAUUUUGAAGAGGUUUAGCAAUGAUUGGGUUCUGGCUUUUGGUUUUUUCAGUUGGGCAAAAACACAAACACCUUAUGUGCAUUCUCCUGAAGUCUAUAAUUUGAUGGUUGAUAUCUUGGGAAAGUCUAAGGAAUUUGAUCUUAUGUGGGAUUUGGUGAAGGAAAUGAAAGGACUUGAAGGGUAUGUGACUUUGCAUACAAUGACUAAGGUAAUGAGGAGGUUUUCAAAGUGUGGCAAGCAUGAAAAGGCCGUGAAAGCGUUUCGUAGAAUGGGUGAGUUUGGUGUCGAAAAGGACACGGUUGCAUUGAAUAAGCUCUUAGAUGCGUUGGUGAAAGGACAAAGUAUUGAACUUGCCCAUAAUGUUUUUAAUGAGUUUAAGAGUUCUGUUACAUUGAGCUCUCCUACUUUCAAUAUUUUGAUACAUGGGUGGUGUAAAGUUCGAAAAUUUGAGAAAGCCCGGGAAGUAAUGGAGGAUAGGAAGGAACAUGGGUUUGAACCUGAUGUUUUCUCGUAUAAUAAUUUCAUUGAAAGUUAUGGUCAUGACAAGGAUUUCCGUAAAGUUGAUCAAGUUUUGGAGGAGAUGAGGGAAAAUGGUUGUGCUCCUAAUGCUGUGACGUAUACUAUUCUGUUGCUUGCUUACGGAAAGGCGGGGCAAUUGAGCAAAGCUUUGGAGGCAUAUGAAACAAUGAAGAAGGAUGGCAUUUUGGCUGAUACUCCAUUUUAUAGUUCAUUGGUGUUCAUUCUUGCCAAAGCUGGUAGGUUAAAGGAUGCUUGUGAUGUGUUUGAGGAUAUGCCUAAGCAAGGGGUUGUGAGAGAUGUUAUGACAUACAAUACUAUGAUUACUGCUGCUUGUGCACACUCAAAGGAAGAGUCGGCUCUUAGGUUGCUUAAGGAAAUGGAGGAAACAUCAUGCAAGCCGGAUAUUCAGACUUACCAUCCAUUGAUCAAGAUGUGCUGCAAAAAGAAGAGAAUGAAAGUGCUCAAGUUUUUGUUGGAUCACAUGUUCAAAAAUGAUCUAAGCCUUGAUGUGGGAACUUAUACGCUUUUGGUGCAUAGUCUGUGUAAGAGUGGAAAACUUGCGGAGGCUUGCGCAUUCUUUGAGGAGAUGGUCUUGAAGGGAUUAACUCCAAUGCAGAGCACACUCAAGUUAUUGGUGGAAAAGCUCGAGUCCAAGAGCAUGUUAAAGGAGAAAGAUCGCGUUGAGGAAUUGAUGGCACACGUUCCAGGGGAACAAAAUGAUCAGUGCACUGUUGGCACAGAUUGAAGAACACUUGCUGGUUCAGGCUGGGUCAUGGUUGAAUCGUGGGUACACAAUUGGUGGAUCAAUAAUAAUAUUCAACUGUUGUAAGCCAUAGUUCAAGGCUAGACAAACAGCAAGAUUUAUUCAAGUGCAUUGCUGUGAAAUUAAGUCCUUAAACAUUUACUCAGCUAGAAAAAUCUCUCAACAAUUUUGGUUUUCUAGUGUAGUAUUAGGGUGGAUUUUUUAUCUUAAUAUAAUGUGGUUUUAUAAAUCUAGUACAAUGAGUCGGAUAAUCUAGACCUCUAAUUGUCGUUGUUCAUGCUGAUCACAUAAUGGAAACACAAUGAGACUUGCACAAAAA